CCUACCCAAAUUUUCUUCCGCAAAGCGCAAGUUGCGUUCAUUCGGGGCGUCGAUUCUAUUUCGUCGACUGACUCCAUGCGGCAUGCGGUCUGAGACAGCUAACUUAUGUUACUUUGUCGCCGUUUACUUCCUCGAGUACACACCCCGAUCCGUGUUUACGCGCAACAUUUAAUUGGCAGCCAGAUCCAUGGCAAAGCUCUAUCUCGCUCGAGAAUUGCCAAUGCCACUGUGCAUAAUGCCUUGCCGGAGGCUGUGGACUUGGCGCCUAUGCUUCACCGUACUUCCGGUGUUGAGAAAGAGUUGUUGGAAAGAAUUGCGUGCAUUUCAACAUGGUUACCUCCACAGGUGCCGAAGAAGUAUGCACAAGUGGAGAAAAUGUCGGAAGCUCUACCCGACCCUUUUGCGGCCUACGCGGAGCUGCGACGAUUGGACAGAACGCUGGCCGCGUCUUUACCUCUCCCCAUACUUGUCGCCCUCUCCGAGAAGGCCACAAAGCAUGGACUAUCGACUAUCGUGGAUGGUAUUGCUACAGACUUACUGGACGGGAUUAUCACCACGUCAAACCAUCAGCUUCGAGUCGCCGCGGCAUUGCUGUCAGUGACACACCCCGAUUCGCUCGUUCUUCACAAACAGAAGAUUCACUCCCUCCUCGUCCUCCUUUGUCAAUCCCACGCGCUUUCUGAAUUAAGUACCACGAAUGUCUCCACACUAGUCAAGCAUAUUGUCGACAACCCCAGCAUAGAUCCGUACGAUGCAAAGAUCGCGGAUAUCCUCCUCCCUAUCUUCCACCAAUCCCUUAGAAACCAUUCCGCGCCCAAAGCUGCAAAGUCUAUGUCCUAUCGCCCUCCGGGUGAUGUUUUCAUAGCUUUUGGCCUGAUCCAUAAGUUGAUCGUAUUCGACCGAGACCGACACGCCCUCCACCUCUUCCAGACUCUCACCGAGACCUGUCAAAUCCCAGUAGAAGCCUUCACAGAAGUAUAUCAUACUUCUGCACAGGACGACAAUUUCGCCUUUGUCAUCAGGUCGACAUUGGUCAGAGCCUGUCUCCACUGGGGCUGGUACCAUCGCGCACUUGACAUCGUGACCACUGCAAUCCGGACUCAGGUUUCCACUGAUGUUGGAGUCACUGAACUGGCGCUUAGCACGCUGCAUCUUGCUCUGCAUAACGCGUCCACCAACCAUUUCAAGCACUGUACAUGGCUUAUAUGUCAUCUCAUAAAUUCUGCCGGCAAUGUUAUUGUUCCCGAUAGCAUGGUUCGCCUAUUCUAUGACAAAGCCAUGUACUUGCAAGAUGGCCCAUCCGCGGAAGUUCUUUACACAGACACGCAAUCCCCAAGAGUCAUUCGGAGGGCCAAGUAUCCUCUUCCACGAGGGCAUUCGUUGACAUGGCUCAUGAACCAUCUUACGACCUCCAGCCGGAACGUGCACCUGGCUCGGACAUUAGCCAAGCAAGUGAUCGACGAGAUGGAGCCAAUACCAAUCCAAGAUCGGGCUCAUUUCAUUGCUCUUACUGCAUCCCAUGGUUUCUCCUCCUCCGCACGUACCUUGUGGGAACGGUAUUCCGUCGGAAGGGAUCGCGAAGCGGUCCUCGGCAAUGCUUCCUUGAUGUUACGCAUGGUCAGCAUCUUUUCCAAGCUCAUAUAUCGCACCAAGACCGAGAUAGAGGAACCGACAAGUCAAGAUAAGGGUAGCCCAAGUACGGCUCUGGCGCUUAGCGAGCGGCAGAAGCAGUUGGAGCAUUUGCUUCAGUUCGCUGAACGGGUCAUUGACGCCUUUCGCAUGAUCAAAGGCUCCCUGGAGGAAACGUCUCAUUAUGAUUUGAGCACAUUGGCCCGUGCCUACAUUACGCUUGGACGUGUUUCCGAAGGUCUGGACAUGCUCAAAGUUCUACUUCAGCGCUACGAAAUUCCAGACAUCUACGAUAUCAACAUUGCUCUAUCCGCCAUGGCUGAACUUCAUCCGAAGAAGGCAGUGCUCAUCAUGAAAAAGAUGAUUGAACGAGGCAUACGCCCUGAUGCAGUGACGUUUGGAACUAUCAUUCAUCAUGCCAUCCUUCAUGACGAGUUGAGGCUGGCAGGCUACUUGAUUGGUCGUGCCAAAGAGCUUGGGUGCGAGGAGCUGUCACCCAAAACCACUGCUUCGCUUCUAAGGGCGAGUGUAAACGUGGAAGGAGCUCCCAAGUCGAUUUUGAAGGAAAAUCUGCAGCGGGCCUGGGAGAUCAUCCAAACGGGGGACGUCUCGAGUAUCGUGCACUCGCCCAACACCGGGAAAUACUGCAUAUUUGCGUCACUCCGCCUUGAUGACCCCGUGAUGGCGUUCAAAUUCUGGGAGACGCUGGUGAAGGGGAAGACUGAAUGGGGGGAUAGGAAACAGGUGUUUCAACGACGGCUGAUUGCCAAUAUGGUCCAACGACACUGCCAAGAAGGUGCGCUGAGUCGCAUUCGUGGUCGACAGAUGCUUGCACAGUUGAAGGAGAGGAGGGUGCUGUUGUAGAUCGCUAUGCGGAUUGGAAAUUGUAGACAUAAAAUAUUUACCCCACAUAAUGACAAAGAGCAGCUCAAACUACAUUGCGCAGGUGG